AUGAACGGUGCCUCCAACGGGUUUGGUAUUGGCGGAGGUGGAGUGUACAACAGUCCCUUCAACACGUACGGAUCCAGUGGUCCCUACGGUAUGAACGCAGGUGGGUACGGCAUGAACGGAGGUGGGUAUGGCAUGGGUGGUGUUGGGUAUGGGUACGGUGGCCUCUCUGGUGGGUACGGUGGAGGAAUGGGUGUGUACAACAGGUAUGGGAUCCCCGGCGGCGGCGGUGUUGCUGGGAACGGGGACACGAACUUCGUCACUGAGUCGACGAUGGCCACUUUCCAACUGUUGGAAAACCUGAUAGGAGCGAUCAAUGGGUUUGCACAGAUGCUGGAGUCCAGUUACAUGGCCACGCAUAACUCGUUCUUUACCCUAAUCAGUUUUGCGGAGGAGAUUGGUCGUUUGAAGGAGAUGUUGGGAUCGUUCUUUGGUCUGUUUGGUAUAAUCAAGUUUCUGAAGCGGCUGUUGAGGUUCAGGUCUGCCAGAAGGGCAAGACAAGGUGGUCAAGCGGAUAUGGUUGAUGAGUUUACGAGUUUUGCCUCCGGGGCGACUCCUGCCAGUAGGAAGCGUGCGAGGAGGCGACUCGCAUGGAAACCGUUGAUCAUAUUCUUCAUGGGUGUCUUUGGGUUCCCCUACCUUCUGAACAAAUACAUCAACCGCCUAAAUGAGAAGCAUGCAAAUCAGAUUCUCUCCAAGGGGCUCGACGAUGACCCAGUUGAUUUGACAAAAUUGAAGUUUGCUCGAGCAUUGUACGAUUUUGUACCGGAGAACGCCAAGAUCGAGGUGCCGUUGAAGAAGGGUGAUUUGAUGGCGAUCAUCUCGGAGAAGGACACUUUUGGGCGGGACUCCCAAUGGUGGCGUGUGAGAACCAGGGACGGUAACGUCGGUUACAUCCCGUAUAACUACGUUGAGGUCAUCAAAAGACGGCAGAGCAUAACAAAUUGA